CUUGGAUAUGUGAGCAAUAAAGUGAAAUCACCUAGCAUCUUUUUACAAAAUGCAUCUAAACAUUUCUCAUUCAUAGCCUGCUUGUGGCUUUACACUCCGUGACUAGGGGCAAAUUUUGCCUGCAAUGCUGCGUGGUCUCUGCUCUGUCAGCAACUGACAGCCCCUAACAUUUAGCCAUUUCGGACACUCUGUUCAAUAUCUUUAACCCAAGUUCUACACUUGCCAACAAACUGGGGGUUGAGCAACCCCUGGGAAGAGUGCUUACAGGAGCCAUGAAUUUCUCACUAUUCCCAGUACAGGUCUGUGUCAUCCUGUUUACAUCACGCAUCAUUCAUCUGCUGUGAUGAAAUGCGAUCCUGCGUUUUAAAAAAAGAACUCUGUAACAGUGAGGAUACUAUAUCUUUGUGCAAAGUGUUUCACAUAUUUUCCAUGGGCACAAACUGCUCCCACUUCUAUUUAAAUCUCUGUAGCUCUCUUUGCUGGACAUUACUUGCUUCAGGAAGCUCAUUCAGGAGGUGCUUAACAUAAGAGGGCUAAGCACCAACAUGGCAGCAGACAGCAGCAUGGCUCCCGAAGAGAAGGUGAGCACGACUCCUGCGAAAAGGGCUGUCCACAAGAUCCGAACUGCCACCUUAGUCUUCAGCUUGGCACGAGGUUGGCAGCAGUGGGUAACUGACCACAAUGUAAAGCAAGCCCAAGAACCUGCCGGGUGGGUCCCCAGCGCAGAGGACUCAUCAACUCAGCCAGUGCAAGAAAGACCCUUUGAAAAAUGGCCAAUUCCAUCCAGCAAGAGAGACCAAGGAAAAGACAAUGAAAAACCCUCAGCAAAGGAAUCAAUGACAAUAAGAGAUGCUGAAAAAAAAUCAAGGGAAUCGGAUGAAGCCCUCAAAAAGUUCAACAUUAAAAGCAAAGAGGUGACCAAGACAGUUGUAAGCAAAGCCUACGAACGAGGGGGUGAUGUUAGCCUCCUCAGCAACAGAUAUGAGAACAAUGGCAGCUCAGAGAUGAUCGAGCUCAAAGAAGAAUCAAAUGCUAUUGACAAAAUUCUUAGUGCCAAAUUAUCCCCCACAAUAAGGAGAAAGUGUUCAAACAUGGUAUCAGAGCUGACCAAGGGCUGGAAGCAGAUGGAAGAAGAGGACAAAGCGGGCACUAAGGAAGAACUGCUGCUUAACUGCCACGACGACAGCAUGGAUGCAGAGGACAGUGGCUAUGGGGAAGCAGAGGACAGUGACCGAGAGGUGACGGCUGUGAGGAUUAAACGACCUGUGCCAUCUUUCGCAAGCAAGCUCAGUGAGGAAAGGAGCACUAAGGCUCACAGGAAAUACAGCCCCGUUAAUAGCUUGAAGGACAGGUGGCAGGAAUGGGCAGACCAGCACAUCACGUCACAGAAGCUGAAUCCCUUCAGUGAAGAAUUUGACCAUGAGCUGGCCAUGUCCACACGCCUGCACAAAGGAGAUGAAGGGUACGGCCGUCCGAAGGAAGGAACCAAAACUGCUGAAAGGGCCAAGAGAGCUGAGGCCCACAUUCACCGGGAGAUCAGGGACAUGUGCUUCAUCAUCGAAUCAAUGGCUAAACCACGGCGUGACGGCAAGAUCCAAGUCACUUUCGGGGAGCUCUUUGAAAGAUACGUUCGUAUUUCAGAUAAGGUUGUUGGAAUUCUCAUGAGAGCCAGGAAACACGGACUGGUGGAUUUUGAAGGAGAAAUGUUAUGGCAAGGAAGGGAUGACAAUGUCAUAAUUACAUUAUUAAAAUAAGCAAUGCUAGGACAAGAGCAACUUGCCUUGGAAAACCUCUGUUUUUCCCUUGCUGUUAGCUUUUGCGCAUUUGGAAUACAAGAUUUUUCCACCCCCUGGACAAGAAAAGACAUUGAGCAUUUUUCUAAACAUAAGCUUUAUAACUAUUGCAUGAUAAGCAUCCAAAUGGAUUUUUCUCUGUACCAGGAGGGCUUGCAGGACACUUCAGUUAAUUACUAUAUCAAAAAAUAAUUAAAGAAAAAAUAUAUUGAACAAUAAGCAGAUGAACAUAGAAAGCCAUAGUAAUACAAACAGCUACAAAUGAAUUCCAAUUUUCACUUAUCCUUACAUUCAAGAUCCUCUCGACCAUUUAAACUGGGAUAUCACAAAUAUAAACCGCGCCAGAUCAGAAGCUGAAUGAUUAUCUAAACUCAGGCCAAGUUUUUGAUCUGUGAAAACGACCUUGUGUGCAUAUUUCCUAACUAAUCAUUCAAAUGCAUGAAAAAAGGGUUUAUUUGAACACAAUCAAGGAUGCCAAAUUUGUUUGCUACAAACACUAUAAGCAAAUACUACUGCAGCAUUAUCUUGCAGCAACUACUGACAAUUUUCUCUUACAUAUCACAGGAACUAAGACAAAAUUCUUUUAUGAGAUUUAUUUAUUUAUAUAAUUUAUUAGAUUAUUUCAUUUUUAGAGUUACGGCUGAUGAACAGAAAACACCAAAGAGAAUAAAAUACACAAGAAGGUUUGAAUAGAUAGCCACAUAGAAAAAUCUCUUAUACGAUAUUGUGCAAUAUAUCAUCUGAAUAUCUAUGCAUCUUUCUUAUAAAUAUAGGGGAAAGUAACAUGUAACAUUCAGAUCAAGAUGCCUGGGCAAGUAAUUUGCAUAAUGUAAAAACAAUGUUGUUUCCCCUCAUAAGAUUCUUUCAAAGUGAAAGAAAAAAUAUCUUCUUAGAGAAGAAAAGGGUGUAUGAACACCUUGCCUCUGUGAUAAAACAAGUACUGCUAACAUAUCACAAGAGUACAGGUACUCCAGUUUGAGCCUCCAAUGAACGUACAAAUUAUAUCUUUUAUAAGCAAGUGAUACAAGAACUGGUUACUAUGCGUCUCUUGUAAGUUUAUGGAAAACAGUAUUUUGGGCACAGUUAUAUGUUGUGAAUCUAAGGAAGAAAAAAUGUAUUACUACUUGGGUUCAAUAGCACUUAUUUAGCACUAAUGUUUUCUUGAGAUCUCUCAGACUAAUUAAAUAGAUCUGUAAAACUGACCUCUAAAUGUGAUAUUUAUGUAUUAGAAUGUUUACCUGCAUAUUCUUCCCUUAUUCUUUACAUCUUUAUACAAUGACUUACAGCUCCCUAAGUUGCUUUGAGAAAGUUUGCUUGUCAAAGGAAUAAUUGUAAAUAAACAAUUACUUUUUGGUUCUUUCUCCCACACACUAGAAAAAAAAAAGUAUAUACGUUCCUAUUCUUAGAAGUAAAUAAAAUCACUAAGUUGUUUUGAAAAACAAGUACUUUCUCCUGUUCACAGGUACUGAUGGAAGUGAAGGUUUCUCUGUCCAAAACACCAGAACAAGAUUUCAAAGUACAUGGAAAUGAAACAACGUACUAAAUAUCUGUACAAAGAACACACCCUAAAGGCAGAACAGUCUGCUCAGAGAGGCUACAGAGUCUCCCACCUUGGAGAUUUCUGAAACCCACAUGGAUGUGGUCCUGGGCAUCCUGCUCUGGGUGGCCCUGUUUGAGCAAGGGGUUGGACCAGAUGAUCUCUAGAGGACCCCUCCAACCUAAAGUAUCCUGCAAUUCUGUGAAAUGUUAGGUGAAUUGCAUCGUAUUUCUCCUCACAAGAAUUCUCAUCUUAUUAUUGGACAACACAGCAGAGAUUAGGUGCACACAGAUACCUUUUUCGGUGUUACCUUCGUGGGUGAUUUAAAGCCCAAGAAUACUUCACCACUAUAUGAGGAAUUAUAUACAUCAUCUUUCAUUCAGUGUCCUUAGGCAGUAGGUACAAUAUAUUUUUGUACUGAAACACUCAAACAUGGCAUUCCACCAAGAGGUGCAAUUCAAUAGCAUGCAUGUUUACUGCACGCAGUAAGAACUUGUGCUUUGAUAUGAGACAGAUGCAUGUCUCUCACCUUUUACUGCUCUUGCCCUGUACAAUGGAGGGUAGGCAGACACCUGAGUUGGACUGAAUAAGCUGCCGGCAUUCUCAAAUCCAGCUUUCUUCAUCAAGGUUCAUUACAGCACAUUAAGUGCUUACUCUGAAGGUAACGAUUGCUCAUGAUCCAGUCUUAAUGUCUGAAAUUUAAACAUAUCUCCAUGUAAGUUGACAAUGAGAUUCAAAAGUUUUACCUACCUAAACAUUUGAGAGCAACAGACUAUAGACGUUUGACUUCUCUGCAGGCUCCUGUAUGGCCAGAAAUCAUAAUGAACAAGCCUGUACUUUAACAGUUUGAUAUAAUGCAUAAACUAGUGGAGGCAGGAAAGGCAAGGACUGACUAAGCUGCAGGAAAAAAACUUCUCAGCUGACCUGUAAUUCCCAUUGACCAAGGAGAUGGGGAACCUUCCUGUCGUCUUUGCGGAAUGUAGCAGAGAAUCGAACUCCUCUAUUUUCAUACACCUUCAGCAACAGGACAGACCAGUGGCAUUCUACUUUUUUUCUUGAACCUCAGCAUUUCAUUUAGCUGGUAUCUUCUUGCAUAUUAUAACAUCAAAUAUGUGCAUUUCUACUUAUAGGAUAAAAACAAGAUUUUUUGAGAAGAGUAACAUUAAAACAAUUAGCGUGAAGAAAAAAGACUAGUCUUCAAGCUCACAAGCCCUCUUCAAGUCUCUCACCUUUGUAUCCUUAGAUCAACUUUGUAACAACACAAUCACUACAAUACAGCAUAAAACUAGAGCUCCCUGCAAGUAACUUCUUAAGCUUCCCACAUUUAUAGUCAUCCCGAAGGCAACAUUAACAGCAUUAUGCAACAAGAAAGACCUACACUUUCAUUUUUCCACUCAAAAUAUUUAUUUCCAAUUGGAUAAAAAAAACACAUGUAAUGACUAAUGAUUUGUCUAACGCUGUUCCCCCACUUACCUUUAAAUAGGAGGCAUCAUGCAAAGCCUGGUAAAACAAAGUAUUUAAUAUUUUUCUUGCACAAAAAGUGUAAAUAUUGAUAUAGUUUAUGAUAUAUAGAAGUGUUUCAUAUAGGUUAAAUGUUUCAUAAAAAAUCUUUUACAUGAAGUAAAGAUGUGGCAAGUUUCUGUGCAAAGUAGAUGAAGAAAAUAAAUCCAAAUUCAUUAAAAAACACUGAAUAAAAUGUUUAGUACUCCAUAAUAAAUAAAUGAAUGAACUCCAUAAUAAACAAAUAAAUGAAUAAAGUGUAAAGUACUCCAUAAAUUCUCCAUUUUAACUCCGUUCCUUUCCUGUGAAACUAGCAUGACCUUUGCUGAACUUAAAUAUUCUACUUAAACUCCAGAUAGUAAAAUGAAAGUCAGAGAUUGCUUGAUUAAAGCAGUCUUUGUAGAUUUUAAGACCUGACUUCCUAUUUCUGACUUGCUUAAAAUAGUUUUUCAAAGGGGCUAAGCGACACUGUACGUUUACAAAACAAUCAGCCUUUCAGGUAGAACAAACAACACAGUUACUAUUAUGGUAGCUUACAGUUGCACAUUAUUUUCCUAAAGACUCUAAUCACCCCUGAUUAUUUCUGAUAAAGAACAAUUCCUGAUAGGUAACAUCUCCUCCCUUUCCCUGUUUGAGUUUUGUUUUGCUGUUGCAAGUGUUGUGCAGUAUGCUAGGAAAGCAAAGUUCCUUCCUUGGAAUCAAAAAACUUCGCCUCCCCUUCUGUAGGAACUCUUGAGGUACAUUUUCCAUCUUCUGAAUGUAGCUUUCAUGUAUUCUAAUAUAAAUUCCAUUUAAACAUAAAUUUCACCUUCACACCUCUGUGUUUUUUCUUACAACAGUUGCUGCAGUUACUUUAAGUGCAUGGAUCAUUCACUGGAUGCAUAUCCCAUCCACUGCAAGUUAGCUUCCUCCUCCAAUGCAGUAAUUCCUUCUUUAAAGAUUUCUCUACAGCCAGAGCUCAGUAUUACAGCUCACUUUUAAAGUAAGGUAAGGCUACUGAAAUAAAAUUAGGUUAGCUGUAGUUGAAAAUAACAUUUGUGGUGAGAUGUUUAGUUGUCACUGACCACAGAACAAAUGUUGGCAAGCUCUGUUGCCACAGCUACCCAGCUGCUAUGCAUACAUUGCACCAUAUCAACGUCUAAGUUAGUCAUCCUGCCACCACAGGGCACAAUGAAAGUUGUUUUGUGUUCAAAAGCAAGUUUACUACUAGCAGCACAACUAUUGCAACAUGGACUCAACAAGAACUACAAGCCUUGCCGUAAGUAUGACAGCAGAAAGCAGAGCUUAAACAGACGUGACACUGCAGUGGGACAGCCAGCAAGACCCAAAUCAACAACUUCAAAACCACUUUGAUCUUACUACAGUAAGAAUAAGUGUACACCAUUCAAUCAGCUGGACUUAUAUAUAACAUACAUACGUAUAUAUAUUUGCAUGCUCCAGGUACCACAGUGCAGCUCUAUUUCAUAUUGCAGUAGCAUGGUGAGAGAAGAGAAGAUUAUACCCUUGAGUUCCCCAUUGCCAUGGCAAUAAUCAAUUACCCCACGAAGUGUGCUCAUUUACAAAGGAAAAGCAUAAGUGAGAUUUAAGAUUUGAGAUUUAAAAUAAAUAAAAUUUAACUUCAAAUAUUGAGUAGCAACUGUUUUUACUCCUCUUCAAAUACAGGAUUUUAUGCAGAUAUACUAACUCCUGCAUAAACAGACUAAAUCUAAUCUAAAUAUAUAUAGGUGAGCAGUAGGAUGCAAGUACAAGCCACAUGUGAGAAAUCGUGGUCUUUCGUAGUUUAAUUACUCCAUUUGUAUAAUCUAACACAAACAGGAUUUAGACCUGAAAGAUGAUGUGGUAAUAACCCCAGGUAUUUCAGCAAAAUAUCAGAUUAGUCAAUGAAUAAAUCUAAAUAUAGUACGCUGAGACACAGAGAGUCAGUUUCCUAGCACCAAACUCUUUCAAAAUGUAGCUCAUAUGGCCUUCAGCAUAUUUCAAAAUUCCUCUUGAAUCAAAAGUAGGAGGUACAAUGAUAGUGCUCUUGAUCUUACCUAUACAAUAUGUAUCAUACAGAAGUUAACUUAUAACUGCUCUUUGUUUAACAAAGCUCAUGGUCUUUCAUUAACAGACAUGCACUACUCUUUGUAGAUUCUUCAUAUGGUCUCAUUAUUGAGUAUAACCAUUGUAAUUUAUACUUCAACUCAAAUUAGUUUCAGGUCCUUUAAUUUAGUAUUUAUGCAAAUAUGAUUAGUAUUGUACUGUUUACUACACUGUUCUUGAUUCCCAUUAUUGUGCGCCUUUUUCCAAGAUUCAAAGGUAUUUUAGAUAUUAAAGGGUUGCUGUGCUUUUGUAUAAUCCUUCAGAGUAACAGUAAUUCUUUAAAGAGUUCUUCACAAUGGCUUUUAAAAUCUAAUGUAGGGUUUAUUCACAAUAUGUGAUUCAGAUAGAGACUAAGCAUUUGAAUUAAAGGAUUUUUGCCAGCAAGGAUAAUCCACUUUUUUUUUUUUUUUAAACAUCUGACAA